CAGGGCUGUCGAGCUGGCCGUCUGUAGCGCAUCGGCGGCCAAUGGAUAAAGCAGCUGCAAAUGACGACAGGCUCCUGUGAAUUCAGCGAACACGCCCCCGGCAUGGGAACAUCGCUAGUCGGCACCCAGACCUGUCACAACACAAUGCAAGGGCCGGGGCAAGGCAGACGGUGAUGGGCGACGGCACUUUUGAGAAGGAAAAGUUUAUCAGCAUCCCAUAGACACUCACUGACAGUAUCCCCGGGGGGACGGACGCACGGCCGGCGCGUCCGCAUGCUGAUUUUGAUCCAGUUACCACCGAGAUGGUAGUUACUUGAAGAAGCCGGUAACCUUAUUGUCGGGAGUUCCCUAACGACACACGAAGCCCCCCUCCAGCGUCACAAGAAAGGGUCGGAAGGGAAAUAUUGCCAAAUCGCUUUAUUGUUGAAUGUCACCAAGACGUCCUGGUGUUGAUUUUCAAAGGAUAUGGAUCAUUUUGCAGCAGAGUGCCUUGUGUCAAUGUCCAGCAGGGCAAUUGUUCACCCUAAAGAAAACAGGGAGCUCAGAGCCGAACCGGCUUACUCUCCGCGGAACGGGGAUGACAAGGAAUCGUUGGUAAAGGACAACUCGUCUCUGUUCGUGGUGGCCAGGAUUUUAGCGGAUUUUAACCAGCAGCCACCCACCGACAACGCCGAGUCGGCGAAGCUGAGAGGGGAGUGCGCUCCCGCCACACCUAUCACGAGCGCCGACCCCGCGCGCCCGCAGAGAGGGAAACGUGUCAGAGGUCGAGUGGAGCCGGAGUCCCCUCAGAAAAAGCACAGAUGCCAUUAUUCAGGCUGUGAAAAGGUGUAUGGGAAAUCGUCCCAUCUCAAAGCACACCUCAGGACGCACACAGGGGAGCGCCCAUUCCCGUGCACCUGGCCCGACUGCAACAAGAAGUUUGCCCGCUCCGAUGAGCUGGCGCGCCACUACCGCACACACACAGGCGAGAAGAAGUUCAGCUGCCCACUGUGCGACAAGCGCUUCAUGCGAAGCGACCACCUGAUGAAGCACGCUCGCCGCCACUCAGACUUCCAACCGUCCAUGCUGAAACGGCCGUACAGCGGAGCGGUGAGCAGUGCACGCUCUGGGUCGCUCAGUGACUACAGCCGCUCAGAUGCCUCCAGCCCCACUCUCAGCCCUGCCAACUCGCCUUAAAAACCUCCUCAACAGCACUUUAGGUGAAGGGUGACCCUAGAUUUCGACGUGGGGUCGUGACGUGGUUCCUCUGAUCUCCAAACCCCUUACUCAUAGCUUAUGUAGGAAAUAUGCUGACCAGGACUGCUGAGGUGCAGUCGACCCGAAGAGUUGCCGUUGCCCAACUUGGCUGGUAACCUUAGCCAGACACACACAGCAUAACAGCAAACGAUGCAAUCUUACAAAGUCUUGUUACCGUGACGGCACACAGUUUGAUCCCUAUCCUGUCGAGAAGAAAUGAAAAAAGAAAAAGAAAAAUGUGGUCUAUAGACCUAGCAGCUCUCAACGCUACUGAAUCUUCUUCGGGACUGGACUCCACCCAAGCUAUUCUGAUUGGUUCUUCAUUCCAUCGUGGUCCUUGGAUUGGAUGUUGUGUGUCAGGGGACUUGCUCGUCACUCUCAUAUUGCACAGUUAUGAAGCUUUGCCAAUGCUCCACUUGCUGUACUGUGUUGUAUAUUGUUGCUUCUUGUUGUGCAAUCUUUCAACUCUUCAAAGACAAAAAUGUAGUCUUUUUUUUUUAUCAACGACAAUAUUUCCAUUGGACACAAAAUUCCUGGUAUUUCCUUUUCUUUUGUAAGCAUCCUGGUGUUGCUGUUACUUUUUUUUUCCCUGAAUUAUGAAUAAGCAAAGUGUGAACAAAAAAAAGAUUGAUCAUGCUAUUCACACCUGAAACGGAUAGGAAAGAUAACAUUUAUGCCUCAGGAUUUCUCGAUCACGCUAUCCACUAACUUGACUGCACAAUACUUAGACUUCACUUUACUAUGAACUUCAACCAGGUUGGAGUUCCUGCCCGGCUCAGGGAAGGCCUUGGUAGCUUGAAAGAAUGCAAAACAAUGAUGUCACAUCACAAAGGUAUGCACAAAUGUAAAAUCAUAAACCAUGAAAACACACACACACACACACACACACACACACACACACACACACACACACACACACACACACACACACACACACACACACACACCACAGUUAAGUAAAAAUCACAGUCCUCCUAAAACAGCGAGUCUGUUACUGUUGAGUUUUACAGCAACAGAGAACGAGCCAUUACCCGGUUAGGUAGUGGCCAUUAUAUUUUAUGACCAAUGUUAUGGACAACUUGUCCAAUUAAAUCAGCUCCAAUGGAAAUUUUGCAGUGGCACUUAUUCAUAAUCUCUUGGUGUGAGCAAAAUUGUAUUAUUUUUCUAAUUUUAGUGUUGAACUUUUGAGAAACCCCUCAAAUUCACCCUUAGAAGUUCCAACCAGUUAUGACCACCUGAGAAGGUGUCAAUACUUUCAGAAGGCCGCUGUGGACAAAACUAUGUAACUGGAGAAACAGCAACCGUGUCAGCCAGACUUAUCCAACUACAAUCACAUCGCUAAUGACAGGGUUCAACCACCGUCUACCGAUGCAAGCAAUACAUGCUUCUUUUGUCGAAGAGACUGAUUGGAGGAAAGGUACGGUUCCUGUUUUCACCUGUUAGACCCAUUUUUGCAGUGAGGGAGGGGUGUAGACAGGAGCAGACAGGUUUUACAAUCCUUGAGAA